AGAACGCACAGUUAGCACUGGGUGGGCAGCUAACGCGUGUAUUAUUCUUACUGCACCUGCCUGCAUCGGCUUCUUUACUUCCUUGGAUCCAGGUGCAACCUCUUCGCCUCUCCUUUCGACUUGCCGUCUUGCUUUGCCAUCUUCUCCUCCAAGCGAGGCGAUCUUCUCUCGACUCGUAUUUUGAAGCUGUUGCUUAUUCUUUUUUUCUUCUCUUCCUUCCCACCAACACCCUCUUACUGAUCUCCCUAUUUUUCCCAUCUUGCAACGAAUCACACCAUUUUACGAACGUCGACCUCCACAGUCCAACACGCCCCGAGCAUUUGUGUUGUGCGCGAAGACAACGCUUCCAAUACACGCUGCAUCUCUUCCCCCCACGCCACACAUACAAAGUGAAUUACCGGCAACGACACUUGAACGCGAGACGAAAGUUGAAAAAUCCAUACUAAUUGAUGAUUGUCCAUCAAUAUCCAUCUUAAUUCGGUCCCUCUAUCCUAUUUGCUCAGCGCGUUCCACAUCUAAGCCACUAGCCCACUUGGAUUCAUUGUCUGCCUCCGAGUCGACACCUCACGCGCGCAUUCCUGUCGAGAUCACCUGCUCGACUUCUUGACCACCAAACCGUUGAUUCCGUUCAACAAUGUGCCAUUGGAACAUUUUGAUACUCGAGUGUGCUUAAGAGCGUUCCUGGCUUGUUUACAACCUACCUGCAUCGGCAGGCCAGUCUUCUGCAAACAUGCAGACAGUUCCCAGCCUCGUUGGCACAGGCACUGCCGUGGCUGCUGCGGCAAGCGGUUUAGCAUUUGGACAGUCCGACGAUAAUCGACAGAUUUCGAACCGACGACUUUUACACAAGAGAAAUCACUCUACGGGGUCUGCCUUGACCAACCAUCUAUAUCCAUUAGAGGUGUCGCGCUCUCGGCCAAGCUCUGCAUAUAUUGAUAGCCACUCGACUCCCGUUGACCCGUCCUCUAUUAGAUCCCGACCAAAAUCGAGGUCGAGGCCUCCUCUUUCGCGCUACCAGCGGCCACAUACUUCACAAACUCCCCAAUUGAGACCAGUCUCUUCUGCUCUGACAGCCGGUAGCCCUAUCGAAUCACCGAAUAGCACACAGGACGAACAACCGCGGGAUUCCUUUUCCUCAACAGGCUCGUGGAUAAGAAAACUUUCGAUUCGACCCUUAUCCCAACAUGGUAGCAGCGCACGCUCUAGUUUAAUACCAGACUACCAGUCAGCUACGUUUUCGAGUGGUUCUGGGGCUCCUAUAUUGCAUUCCCCUUCUGCUGUAUCUCAGCUCCCGCCGAAUAAGCUCGUCAAACGCUCCCCUUCUACUCAAAAGACCGAGAAUCAGAAUCUCCCACGCGCCCGAUCACGGUCUGGUCUUCCUACUCUGCGACGGCCAGCCACGAGCCAUCAACGAUCUGCUACUCUACAGCAGCAGGUCAAUUCUAACCUUCAAGGAGAGAGUCCGUCGAGCGCUGAUGACGGUGCAAAGUUCUCCUUUGAUCGCCAAUCUCAUUUUGACUUAUCACAAGGCAGAGCUGACAAUAACCAGAGUUUGAGGCAGAAGAGCGCCAGCUGGUUCUCCUUUUUUCAUUCCAAAAUGGCCAAUGUCAAUACUCCUGGCUCAUCGGCGGGCGAAGCUGGUCAGCAUUCGCACACGCACAAUAGACUCAUUUAUCACCCGUCACAAGGUGCCAACAUGCCACAUCUGGUGAAGGCUGCCAUGAUUGUACCGACAUCUAGUGUUGAACGACGAGUAUUUUCUAGAGAGAAAACUCCAGAGGACACAACGAUGGCCAAUGCGGUCACAAACAACGACGUUUUAACAGCGGAGAUGCAGCAUCCCAAAGUCGAUUCCUUGGGCAAUGUGUCCGAGCCGCCUGGAGCGAUCGCCGAUUCGCAGCAACCAGGGCCUCUACUAAAGGCACGCAUGAAGCGAUCCUUCAGCUGGGUCUCCAAGACAUCAGGGAGCCUCAGGCGGGCCAAACGGGGCAUAGCACAGCCCACAGGAGGCGCUAGCGGGGAUGUGCGGCACGUAUCAGCGCCUGUAACUGGCUCUGAAGGCGCUGUGGGCCAGCACGCCAGGGCUGUCGACAGCGGCCGCCUGCCAAUCGCCUCUGCAGCACGAGGCCCGCCUGCGCCAUUGCGUUCAGCUUUGCAUGCGCAACAGGAGCUUUUUCAUAAAAGAAACCUCUCCUCCCCGCCCGCCCCGCUUUCGAGUUUUCAAGCCAGCUACUCACGAGCAGCUACAGCACCAUCAGGCUCUUUUUCUUUUGGCGGCGGGGUAGUUUCAGCGCUGCCUCACCCAACUCGGCCACAUCAGCCCUCUGGACAAUCUGCAACCUCUGGUGCCAUGUCACAGCGCCGCCCAUCGCAGAAUGACAAGUCGUCCGUGAUGGAAGGCCUCGAGAGCGACAGCAGAGCGUAUGGUUUUGCCGAUGACGACGACACCGAUUUCAAGAGCGACACGCUCUACGAUUCCCUUCGCACCGUCGCCUCGAGUCGUGUGAGGGCCGUCGAAACCCCCUUAGAAUCCGUCUACGAUGAGUCGCCGCCCAGCACGGCAGAAAAUAAUAAAUCCAAGAGGCUCUCGAUACAUGAUAUGCUCGGCCACAGCGGCUGGGAUGAAGACGACGAUAAAAUUACGGAGGAAGAUGAGCACGCACAAACCCCCGUUAGGCCCCAGCGCCAAACAAAUAAUGCAUUCGAUGACUACGACGCCAGCCUGGACUUGCGCAAGCUCACCAUUGGUCAUGACCGCCCGAAAAUGCUAGAUGGUCUUGUCCGUAUAUCCAUGGACGAUGACUCUGACGAAGACUGGGCACGAGAUGACGAUUCAGACGAGCAUUUUAAUGCUCUAUCACCGCCGUCCAAAGGCAGCUCAGUCAAUUCACGAAGCGGAAUCAACCCUAAUGUUAGGCUCGCCCUCGCAAACAUGGGAAGCAGCGCCUUGAACGAACAAAAUAGUGUCGACGCUGCCAGUGACCGCCCGCUUAGCAGCCUAUUUGACUGGAGUGAGCAGACUGUGCAAGACAAGCAGGAUGCUGAACGACGUUCAGGGCGACCGCAAACCGCCUACGCCAAACAGAGUUUAGACGCACGAGGUGGACGCCCUGCUGUUCGCAAGGUACCGGCACCAGCCCACGUUCGCAGCCAAAGCGUUCCAGUGGUGCAUGAACUUCCUGGCGACUCAAAGAACCUAGGUGCUAAAUAUGGUACAUGGGGCCUCGGCACUAAAAUUGUUAGUGAAGAUUGGGAUGAGGACUUUGAGUUCAGUAUGGGUGGAAUCGAUGAAGAUACAAAGGACGAAGAAACCGUCUUCGCAGUCCCUGAGUCGAUUCGAGCGAGCCAGUUGAGCGUAAGAGCGCACUCUGGGCAGAUUCGCGAACUAUCGUUACUUGUGAAUGAUCUAAAGCGUCUCUGCCGCCAUGCUCGAGAGUUGGAUCUCCUAGAAGGGCCCCAGAAAGAGCUGUGGAAGGAAGCAGAGGGUAUUAUUGCCCUGGCCUCGCCGGAUGAUGACGAGGAAGACGAAGCGGAUGACAGUGACGCCAAGCUUCCAACCCAUCCAACCAACUUUGAUGAGAUGGAUGCUGAUUUUGAGCCACCCUCCCUUCCGGCUGUUAUCUCCAGGACGGGUGUUGUUCGAGAACGACACUCCCCACAACGACGCUCAGUGUUUUGCCCAGAUGAUGACAUUUUUGGAGGUAGCCUUUCGGGAGCGGAGGAUGCCACCAACGGCUACCAGACCGUCGCUAAUCCGGCUAAUGACGAUGAUUUCGAUGCCCAUGGCGUUGUUCGAACUGUAAUGGAGGCAAUGCAAGGCCGUGUCCACUCUGGCUCAGCUAUGGAAGGCCCAGAAGGGCGCAAAGUGCAGUUUGAUACCAACAGCUUGAAGGCUCUUGUUCGACGCUCCGGCGAGCUUCGCGAUGUUCUUUCUGACUCAGUUCGAAAGGUAGACCAGCUUACGGAGAGCCCCAUUCGACCAUCACGAUAUGAACGUGGAUUGGACUCUAGUCCAGCAUUCACACGUGUCUUUGACGACCCCGGAUCUAGCCCACCCAGGCGUCCCGCUAGGAGCCGUGGCAACACCUCCCUCAUGGAGAACAGCUCGUCGGAAAGCUCUCCACCGCGACAAAUAGGACGCCGAUUCCCUCUUAUGACAGUCAGAUGAGAGACUGAAAUGAGCUGCUUCAGUUGAACUACAACGACACCAACGAAGCUGUAACUUGUUCUACCAUCAUAGUAUGAUGAUGACCUUUUUGUAUUAUCCUUUUCUUUCUGUUAUGCUUUUCUUUUCUCCGUUUUUGGCCUUUUUCCUCUUUGAUUGCAUAGCGACGGUUUUGGGGUUAUGGGUUUACACUGUUGUACAUUUUCUGCGAUGAUAUUUACGCUGUGUUCUUUUCACGGCAUGUCGACAUUGGUUUGAUGAACUGUGCCGCGGACGAAAGGCGCUGUUCUUUGCUUUUUGCUUCACGGUUGCAACGCAACCCUUGCAUCUGACAAAUCACACAGACGGAACUCGCGGUAUUUGCAUUUUUUUGGUCUUGCUUUUAUUGCAUAUACGCUGUUGGCCUCGCUCACCAGAUAGUUGGUUGCUCACGCCCGACUGAGCGAGGAGGGUUUAGGUGCUGUAGACUACCUGCAUGAUGAAAAGGAGAACAAAUGAGCUAUGAUGAAGUGAAACAGAUGCUAGAUCUGAUCCUGAGGAUGUCUUAUCAUUUUAAUCAUGCUUUUUCUUUCAAACUAGCUGUUAUUAAAUAUACAUCUAGAGCAUUCAUGUUUUUAACGAUGGUUUAUAUAAGAAGAAAAGAGCAAAUGAAGUGUAAUGGUAUCAUCAUACAGUAAUACUAAGCCAAUGCUACUAGUUGUACAAAGAAUUUCAACGUCUAAUGGAAGCCAUCGCUGGACUUUACAAGACAGGUGAAGCAAGCCAAUGGCGAUCACGGGACGAAUCUUUAUUGGCCGUUGAUGACCAGAGAGAUGAGCCCGCUAGUUGUGGAAGGAAUAGCUCUGGAGUCAAGGGCCUCUUGGACUGAAGAGGUUGUCUUGUCGUAGGUGAAGGCAGCGACAGAGGUGUCAAUUGACUGGCUCUUAACGAGAGUGUCCUGCGAAUAGACUUUACAGACUUUGACUUGUCUACCCAUAAACCUGGAGCCGUUGAGACUAUGGGUACAGAAGGGAGCCUCCAAAGACAAUUGCUCUCUAAGACGGCGGCCUUGGGCUCGGCCGUUCGACGAGUGCGACUUCGGGCAUGAGAAAGGCAGGCUUUGGCCAGUGCUGACUCCCAGAGCUUUUCUUCUUGUGCAGUGCCAUGACCGUGGCCCUGUGGAAGUUUAGCAGCGACUGGCGCCCAUAGUUCUUUUGACAUAGUCUUCUUCGAGGGACUUGUCUGAGUUGCCGCCCAUAGUGCUCCAUCCAGUGACGGUAUCUCUGUCUCUAUAGGCAUCGCCCAAAGAGCCUGACUAACAACCGAUACAUCGGAGGCGUCAAUGUUGCGAGGGGCGUAGAAGUUGGUGGGUGGGGAAAGCAAGUACGACGCCCACUGUUCUUCGGUAGGGUGUACGAUGGCUUGUUCGUGCUCAGGUUCUGGUGUUGGUGGUCGUUCUGUCCAUAGAUCAGGCGCCCUAGAGUCCACGCUAUUGGGAGUAACGGCAGCGUGAGGCGAGAUUAGAGAGGUUCCAGCAACAGAGCUGUCGAAAUCUUGAGGCUGUACUGGGCUCUCGGUACCCUCGUCUUCCGGAGGAGGAAGUAAGCUGUGCCUUGAAGGGACGGAGUCAGAACGCAAUAGAUUGGCAAUCUCCCAGAGUGUACUGUCAUCAAAGUCGUCGUCACUGUAGUCUUCCUCAUCUGCAGACAGACUGAAGUUAUCCCCAGCGUUCUCUUCGUUGUCAGAAUCGAAGAAUGAAAUUGGGUUGUCUUCGCCGGUGGUUAGUGGAUGUGCCAGUGGAACUCCAGAAUCAGUCUUGUACUGGGCCUCGAAGUCAGAUGGGCUGAAGAUAGCACUAUCUGAUGUUUCUCCGGAAGGGAACUUGAAAAUACCAAGUGUGCCUCGCUUGUUUUCUAGUGGUUCUGGGCUUUCAACGAUAUCUGCCAGCUGAGUCAUUCGCCUGCUCCUGCGAGGCGGCUUAGCCAACUUCUGUCGAGGUGGGAAUGUUGCUGUGGAUGGUCUCGUUGGCAGAUCUCCAUGAGGUGAAAGUAGUGCUUUGAAGGCGGGCUGGGUUUGCUCAGUGACAACAGGGUCGGAAGCUUGAUCGGGCGAGACUACUACGACAGAAGGAAUUCCUGGUGUCCAAGAGUCCUUCAUGCUCUCUGCCAAUUCUGCAACAAGCGCAUCGCUCUCCUCUUUUGACAAGGAGUUGCCACGAACGGCAGAUCUUGGUGUUGCAUCGGUUACAUAUGGUGAUGUUGACUCGGAAGUCCCGGCAACAGUAGGGCCUACGGUUCUCAGGAUUGUAAACUCGGCAACAUCGUCGUCCUCGUCAUAAUCACUGUCCGAUUCAUCGGUAUCAGGAGGUGUGGGGUUUGUUCGAUGGCUUAUUGUGCUUGUGACAGACACUGCAGAUCCUGGACAGUGUAAAGUGAUCUUUCGGUCUAGCUGAUUUUCCGAUACUUCAGAAGAGUUGAUGGUUGAGAGGGAGGAAGUGUGAGAAGAAUUAUUCGUGCUAGCGGCCUGUGCUUGGGAGUAUUCCAAUAAACCGUCGCUUGUUUUAGGUCGCGAUUUCGGAGACGUCUUGCCGCUGUUAUAUCGUGAUGUCAGGGAAAGUGAAGAAGUAGAAGAUCGGUCCGUUGUUGACCUGUGAGCCAGCUCACUCUUCAUCUUCAACCAGUUAAUUUUAUGAGUAUCCAUUUCAGAUUCAAGGCUCUCAAGUAGCGUCAUUCUUCGCUCUUGCUUGUCUCCAGAUCCAGGUUCAUCUUGGCCGAGGCUAUCAAGUUGUUGUUGUAUUGUGUCCAGUGCUUGGGAAGGAGAUUCAAGAGGAGAUGGCUCAGUCUCGAUAAUAACCGAAUUAAAGUAGGUGCUAAGCCUUAGAGGCUUGGGUGGAAUGACCUUCCGUGGUGAUGCAUCAUCGGAUUUGCGGUCCGAGAAUGUCGGGCACGGAUCGCCUAUUCUGCGGUGCCAUGAGAGGGACUUGGUCGAGGAGCGACCGGACGACAUGGCUCCGGGUAAACUUUCAAUCGCAAAUGGUGAUGAAUUUGAAGAAUAAUCAAUCAUGGAAAGCACACGCAGCUCAUCGAUGGCUAAUGUGUUCGAGGAACGGCGCUUGAUGCUUUCGAAAGAUGAGUUCGACUGCACCGGAAUUCUGGUAGUGGCGGGGGAGGCUGUUGUAGUGUUAUACGGAUUUUCCGCUUCUCCAGCAGAAACAUCGGACACUUUUGGAGCGUUUCGAGAUAAGUUAGAGCCUUGGGUUGUGGUAUGAGACGCUGCGGUUGCAGGUUGCGGCGCUCGGACUGGUUCCCAAGCUGUUUCUGUCACAGAAUCGUUUGGGGCCGUUUGGAACAAGACAAAAUCAGCGCUUUUAGGAGCAGCUGGCACUGAAUCUCCGUUUGCCUCAUUUUGUAAAACCGCAGUAAGAAUCGCUCGCAGAUUCUCGAUUUGCCCUGUUGAAUUGGAUCUGCGUCGAGAUUCAAUAGAGCUCUUGGUAGAGCUGACGGAGCCGUACAGUCUCGAUUUUCGAGGAACAGGCCGAGGUCGGCUCAUUACCGAAAAAUGAGAAGACGUUAGGCUGGUUAUCUCUGCCGAGUCUGUCUCUGCAGCAUUUUCAGGAACCAUGUCAGCGCCGAGGUCGAUGACGAAGUGGUUGGGCGGCUGAGGAGCCCACGCUGUGUAAAAUUUGCCCUUUGAGGCACGAGAUCGAGGAUUUCCAGGUAUCCCGGACUCUGAACGCAUUUGUACGGGCGUUUUGGGCGCUACCGUAGACUCUACAGCUGGGGGAGGCGAUGGCGGCAUAUGGCGAGAGGGUCGGAUAUUGAGUUUGACAGAUCGACUCCUCGGGACUAUUGUCUGGCUGCUGUUUUCGCCCACAAAGGCUGGCUGCACAUAGCCUGGGUACUCAAAUACUGGUUGAGAGUAUGCUGACUGACUAUACAUAGUACCGUCCUGAGGUGACAUGUAGGAGACUCGAUGCUGCUCGUUCCAUUCCGACCACGUAGCAGAUAGAGGAGAGACACGAGGUACUAAGGGACUAGACGCACCAACUGGAGAGAAAUUCUUCGGGGGAAUAUCCAAUUUGGCUUCUUGCAAAAGGCUUCUGGGGAUGGAAGGUGGCCUGUUCGGGUCCGUGAAGACUCGCUCGCGGGAGCUGGAUCGUGGAGGUGAUGUCUUGCCAUUGGAUGAUCUUCGUCUAGGAUUCUGAGCUGGCACUGGUGGUGCUGACAACGGUUGGCCUGGCGAUGGCAACGAGAAAUUUGUCAUUACAGCAGAGAUAUGAGGAAGCCUUUGACUAUCGAUGACAGAUGCUCGUUGUGAAACGGUCCGAGGACCAGGAUGGCUGUGUAAUUGGGAAUAUUGCGUCGAACGUCUCCGUACAUCUUGCAGGCCAGGAGACGGUUGUAGCGCAGAUGCGUAGGCUUGGGAACCGUUGGGGUUGAAGCUAGGAGAACCGACCUCUUUCCUUGGUAGAACCUGUAGCUUCUGAAGCAUCUCUUUCUGAGAGAGCGGUAGGCCCGCGGAGGAUGGAGUUAUGGUAGCCCCAGUUUGCCGCCUCUCUUGUUGCAUCUUUGCAGCAGUGUUUAGAUCUGUCACUGCGAUCUUUUCCAUGAUGCUGCGUCCCGUACUUUCCCUCAUGACUGGUUGUGAUAUUUUGAGCUUCCCUGGAGGCAAGAUUCGCUUUCGUUGUGGCUGCUGCGUGAGAACUGGCACUUCCUGCGCUUUCAUUGGCGGCAUGAGGGCUCCUUGGAUUGGUACACCUCCCACUCCAUGGGAACUCUGACCAGGGAUAGGCGCCGCAAUGACGGGUAGCUGUUGGCCGGGAACCUUGACAGACUUGGGAGGCGGCAUGGGAGCUUGG